AUGCUUCGUGAGAGGAAAGCUCACCGUGAGGAGAUGGCGCAGAAAGAAGAGCUCGAGCGAGAGAAAAAGAGACGAGAGCAAGGUAAAAAUAUAACCAGCGCCAAAGCGAAAUUCGAAGAGGACCAAAUGAAGCGAAUGGUGGAACAGAAGCGCCGGGAAAAAGAAGAUGAUAGGCUUUAUAAGUAA